CGCAGGGCUCUUCCAUCCUCAUCAACCAGAAGAAGAAGAGGAGGAAGAAGUAAAGAAGAAGCUUUAAGCUAUAUAUCCCCCCCCCUCUUUCUCCCUACCUCCACUCUAUCCACCAGGUAGAGACUGGGAAGCCAAAGGUAUGAGGACUAUAGUCGUUGCUCGGCCUCUGAACCGAGUGCACACAGCUGCUGACCGAUUUCUUUAUAUUCUUAUUCUCAUCGCAGUGCAGUUGUUCACCUUUUUUUCGAUUUCUAAUAGAAUUAAAUCUACCACGCCAUUAGUGCCAACAGUUUGCGAUGGUGAUCGAUUGAAUUUGACAAUUUGAAUUCAAUUUCAACAACAUUCAAAAAGUGUUUAGAUAUAGUGAGCGUGUCGAUGCGGUCGUGAAUUGUUUGACUGAACGAGAUCCAUUUUCCCAGAGUUGUACAAAACAACUAUCUACUGAAAUCCAAUCCAAAGUGGUUCAUCUUUUUCGAGUUCAUUUCAAUAAUAAUAAGAAACAAAAAAGAAGUUGAAUAUUCAAAGCUCAACCCUGUCGGCUAGUGGCAACAUGUUGCUCUCCGACUACGAUCUGCCGUGGAAUCCUAGUAGGAUUUACGAAGAGAUCGGCGUCCGCCCACGUACCAAAGUGAACGUGGUGGAAGCGCUGCAAGAGUUUUGGCAAAUGAAACAGGCCAGAGGUGCCGAUUUGAAGAAUGGAGCCCUGGUCAUUUACGAGUCGGUUCCGUCCUCGUCACCGCCCUACGUCUGCUACGUCACCUUGCCCGGCGGAUCCUGUUUCGGCAGUUUUCAGAAUUGCCCGACGAAAGCAGAGGCCAGACGCAGCGCUGCCAAAAUCGCCCUGAUGAAUUCCGUUUUCAACGAGCACCCGUCACGGCAGAUCUCGGACGACUUUAUCGAAAAGGCCGUCGCCGAAGCCAGAGCCUCUUUUAAGGGCGAUCCGGACGAAGCGGACAAUCCGAAUACGGGCAUCGGCGCCUUCCGCUUCAUGCUGGAGGCCAACAAAGGGCGGACCAUGCUGGAAUUCCAGGAGCUGAUGACCGUUUUCCAGUUGCUGCACUGGAACGGCUCUCUCAAAGCCAUGCGAGAGCGCCAGUGCUCCCGACAGGAGGUGGUGGCCCACUACUCGCACCGCGCCCUCGACGACGACAUGCGCUCGCAAAUGGCCCUCGACUGGAUCGCCAGAGAACAGGAAACUCCUGGGAUUGUGAGUCGUGAAUUGAAUAUGGCCGAAAGGGAAUUGGAAGCGGCCCGGCUGGCCGGCCGAGAACUCCGUUUUCCCAAGGAGAAACGGGAGAUCCUGAUGCUCGCAUGUUCUCAAGUAGCUCACGGAGACGGACUCUCAAGUUAAAGAACCAAACAGAAAUUUUUUUAAAUUCUUAAUUCUCCAGCAAAGGACAACAAACAGCGCAUCUUUAUUACAUAAAAAAAUUAUGACAUUUUCUUGUUUAAAAUCCCCUGCGUGAUUGAUCGUGAAUUGUGUGUGUGUAUUUUCGCCCGCGGUUAAAUAUGUGUGGAAAAAUCAACUUUUUUCUUGUGUCUCAUCUCGUUCAUUAGGCGCGUUCUAAUAUUAUUUCGUAUACUAUUUUACACAUAAUUAACCCUCCUAAUUUCUCUGUAAUAUUAUUUUUUUUUCAUCAAUUUUUUUCUUCUUCCCGGUGUUUAUAUAAUUCUUUCCCGCAUGCAAAAAAAAAGAAGAAACGAAAAAUGAUGGGCGAUUUUAUACAGCCGACAACGCCAGAAACAUUCUUUAUAGAUUUUCAAUUCUCCAGUGAAGUUACCACGACGAAAUAAUAACAAAAAAAGAAAAAAAUGAAGAAAAUCACGCAAUGCAUCCAUCACGAAAAAAUGCGCGAAAUAAAAUCGGGGGAUGAGAAAGAGAGAGAUACGUAAUCGGACAUUUUUUUUUUCUUUUUGUUGCGUGUGUGUGUGUGUCUGUAUCAUAUAUUUUACAUAGAAAACAAAAACAAAAAGACUUAGAAAAAAAAAAAAAAAAAAUGAAUUUUUAGGUGUGAAAAUGCUGUGUCUGCUGUGUGUAACUUUUGCAAAUUUCCAAUGUGGUCCACAAUAUAAUUUUUAUACGUGCAGA